UUAUUUGGACCAUGCCCGCCCCCUACUGCAUCAUCAUAGUUUCAUCCUUCAGUUUCUUUGCUCUGCUCAAAUCGACUUUCAAUGAUGUUCCGGGGAGCCGCGCUUGCUAGUGGAUACAUGCGGUCGGCGGUGAGCAGUAGAGUGACGGCCGUAGAUGCUGUUGGCUCGCUUGCGAGUGCGGCAGCCUCUGAUUCGGGCGAGGUGAGAGCGCGCGCAGUAGAACUGGAUCUGGCGGCUCUGAGGCUGCAGUACUAGCUAGAUUGGGCGCGCACGCCCGGUCGAGGAAUCAACAGACGGCGUGGCUUGAUUCCGCCGCCGUUUACUUUGCAUGAUUUCAGAAGUUUUUGCAAUGAUUGCAAAUGGACCGCGAAGCCAGCAGUAAUAGACACGGCGUCCUGGAGAGGAUGCUGCUGGAUGAAAGCGCAGAGCCCACGGACCUGCCGCUAUCACUUUUGGAGGACAUCACAGAUCGUUUCUCUCCUGAUCAAGAAAUUGGCAGCGGUGGAUUCUCCGUAGUUUACAAGGGAAUGAUCGGAAAACAGAUGGUUGCUGUGAAGAAGCUGUCGAACACAGUUGAUAUUACUGAGAGUAAAUUCCACGGAGAGGUUAAAUGCUUAAUCAAGACCAAGCACAAGAACAUAGUACGUUUUCUGGGGUAUUGUGCUGACACACAAGGAAAAAUGGCAGAAUAUGAGGGGAAGCUUGUCAUGGCAGAUGUACGAAACUGGUUACUCUGUUUUGAGUUUGUACCCAAAGGGAGUCUUGAUAAGCAUAUGUCUGAUGCAUCUUGCGGACUUGAAUGGAGAGAGCGCUAUCGAAUAAUCAGGGGAAUAUGUGAAGGCUUACAUUACCUUCAUGAGAAGCGCAUUCUUCAUUUGGACCUUAAGCCUGCUAAUGUCCUGCUUGACAUUGGCAUGGUACCAAAAAUUGCUGAUUUUGGUCUCUCGCGGUGUUUUGAUGAAGGGCAAACCCGAGCUAUUACUCAACAUCUGUGUGGAUCUCAGGGGUACUUGGCUCCAGAAUUCUACAGAGGACAAAUCGCAUUUGCGUCGGAUAUAUAUAGUCUUGGUGUUAUAAUCAUGGAGAUACUGACAGGAGCGAAGGGAUAUUUUGAAGAGGAGGAUGUAGUUGAAAGUUGGAUGAAUCGACUGCAUCAGGCACCAGAGCGGCACACACAGUUAGAACAAGUAAGAGUAUGCACUAAGAUUGGGAUAGAGUGCAUGGACUUGGACCCAAAGAAAAGACCACUUGUGCGGCACAUAAUUGAUAGGCUUGAUAAAACAGCAAGAGCUCACUAUUCAUGCCAAACUGGCAUGAGCAGUUCACUAGUCAAGCUGCAGCCGAGUUUACUCAAGGAACAGUCUGGGGAAAUAAUUGAAAAGCUUGCAGAUGAGAGCUUUAUAAAGGACAUCAAUGAACGCCCAGUAACGGAAGAUCACUGCCAGCAGGGUCAAGAAAAUGCAGAUCAGUGGUCAUCACAGAAAGCACAGGAUACAGAGCUAAAGGUUAACCAACCAGGAACAAGCAUUUUCGGCUCUAAAUCUAGCUUCUUGGAGAAGCUACAAAACUUGAACAUUUUUAGCGGGAAAGCACACAUGAAUUUUUUGGGGAAUGUCAGUGGCCUAACGAUUUUCACAAAGGCGGAAAUAAAGAACAUCACAAAAAAUAAUUCAGUGUUUCUUGGUCCUGGAAGGUUUUGUAAAGUCUACAAAGGAACUCUUCCUGACAAUAGCGUGGUGGCAGUUAAGACCUAUAUGGCGCUAAAUGAUGAUAUGAAACAGGAGUUUAUGAUGAUGAUAAACAUACAUAAAGAACUGAUCCACAAGAACAUCAUCAAGCUCUAUGGCUGCUGUCUGGAGGCGGAUAUCCCCACAUUGGUAUUUGAAUUUGCUGUUAAUGGGAACCUCUGGAGCAUUCUCCAUCACAGUAAACGAAAACUUCCUUUAGACUCACGUCUCGGCAUUGCAAUUGGGUCUGCGGAAGGGUUAAGAUACAUGCACUCCUAUGCAAAUUACUCCAUACAACAUGGUGAUGUCAGACCAAUCAACAUCUUUCUCGAUGAUAAGUUGAUACCAAAAAUUGGAAAUUUUGCAUUUUCGAGGCUUCAUAAUUUACAAGAGGAGAUAAGGCUCGAGGCCUCUGAAUCAAGUGAUACAUCGAUGCUGCAUGAUAUGGGUUACUUGGACCUAGAGUUCAUGGGAAAGGGACGUGUAACACAGAAGAGUGACGUCUACAGCUUUGGAGCUAUUCUUUUGGAACUCAUUACCAGGAAGAGGAACGUAUUCGAUAAAAAUUGCGUCCUCACCAUAGAGUACCGCAAACUUUAUGAGAGAGAAAAGAGUGGCAGAGCAAUGUUUGACAAGAAGAUUGCAACCGAAAAUAACGAUAUCUUCGCUUUGGAAGAAAUUGGCAAGGUUGCGAUCGAGUGCCUAAAAGAAGACAGUAAGGAACGACCAGACAUGACGGAGGUGAUGGAACAACUUAUGAUGAUCAGGAGAAAUAGGAGACUUAUUAAGGCACGCAAUAAUGCGAUGACUACCAGUGUUCCAUAGGUAUAGCGGGUGACCAUUGUUUUUUCGAUAAAGAUUACUAUCGCGAAGAUAGGUAUGAAAAUCAAUUUUCACAAAAGUAAUCUUAUGACCAUUAGUGUGGAAGAGGAGGCGGCUAAGGAGUUUGCAUAGAUCUUUUGCUGUAAAUUAGGUGCUUUUCCUAUAAAAUAUUUAGGUGUGCCUCUACACUAUGAUAAUCUUAGAAGAGAAGAUAUUCAGCCAAUUAUAGAUAGGAUUAUUAAAAAUCUUUCUGGCUGGAUGGGGAGAUUCCUAACCUACAAAGGGAAAAUUAUCAUGCUGUGUGCUUGCA